GCUGCUGUCAGAUGGCGUUCUGCCUCGCUGAGCUGCACUUGUGGUCCACCAAGAGCUCCCUCCAAGUUAAAGAUACAGAUAUUGGCACCUAUCAGUACUACGAUAAAGGAGAGCCAGCUCUUCCUCUGGAGCAUCACUACUACCAGGAGAAGCUCCAGUUCUCUGAAGCUCGAGGCUAUUCGUGGACCCCCAGGAACCGCCGACCAGAAAAGCUCCGCGAUUCGCUGAAGGAGCUGGAGGACCUCUUACAGACCAACACCUGCAUCCAGACCAGAUGGAGGAACAAGCGCUGCUGCCAGGUGAUGCUGAGCGGGGGUGUUCUGCUGACCCUGACCUUAGAUGGACCUCAGCUCCAGCAGGUGUGUGUAGAUCGAACGUUGGUGGGUCGACUUCCAGCCGGCACCGUGACUGAUGCGGCGCUGAGCGAUAGGCUGAUUCUGCUGUCCUUCCUGGAGCAGAGCCAGGUGACUGCAGUCUACCUGAACAGAAAGAACCAGGACUGCCCAGAGACUGGCAGGAGAACAGACAAACUGUCACCCUCUGAAACCAAGGUGGUGUCCGUGGAGGUGGGUGGACGAGGUCGGAGACUCCACAGACGCGUUGGUCUCAACCGUCUCCAGGAUGUGGCGCUCUGCUGGUGGAACCUGGAGGAACCCGAUGAGGAGCUGUGGCCCUGGACUCCUUCAAACACACAAAGAAACAACCUGGUCCUGCUCAGCUGCUCCCCGACUGAAGGCCUCAAGGUCCUCAGCUCUGUCCGGACUGAGUCCAACCCUCUGGACUGCAGCUUCAGCCUUCUGCAGCCCUACCAGCUACAGACAGUCCAAGUACCUGCAGGACCUCCAGGAUCCAGAGAAGGUUCCUGGGCUGAUUCCUGCACGUAUGAAUGUUCACGAGGACGUCUGCUCCGUCUGUCCGUCACCCGCAUCCCUCUCCCAUCCCACCCCGUCUCCUGCUCCCGCCACCCCUCAGAGACCACGCUCCUCCUGGGCUUAAGCGACUCCUCCUUGGUGCUUUACGACCAGCGCCGGGGCGUCUCUCUGCUGGCCUCCUGCCCCGUGCCGCCCACCAUCCUCGCCUGGCACCCUGCUGGGGCUGUUGUGGUGGUGGGAGGGGGGCAGGAGGAGCUGAUGUGCUUUGAUGUGGGCUUGGCACCUGUUGGCGUGGCGCUGGUAGCCGAGGAGGCGGCUUCUUCUGCCACGCUGAGGCUAGCUCAGCGCCUGCACUGCUCUGGAGGCCUGGAGGGGCUGCAGUGGGGCAGCGGUUUGGACGGAGGCCCGGACGGGGCAGAUAUGCUGACGCUGGCCUUCCAUGGAGGACCACUGGCUGUCCUGAGAUUCAGACUGGGAGCUCUUUCUGGAGGUCUGAUGGGUCCUCUGGAGCUGCUGCAGCAGAGGCUCCGCUGUGGGCAGGUCAGGGAGGCUCUGGGUGUCCUGGAGGCCAUGGACUGGAGCACCAGGGGGGAGGAGAGCUACCGAGGCCUGAGCUCCAUCACCAACCACCUGCUGAGGCUGGAGCUCACCGCAGAGAGAGAGGCCCAGCUAGAGGCAGCUCUGGGGGUGUUUUAUGCUCCUCCUGCCCCUCUCUCUGAUACCGUGAUACUGGAGUACAGGAAGCCAAUCAGCAAAUACGCCCGCCGCUUUUUUCACCACCUCCUCAGACACCAGCGCUUUGAAAAGGCCUUCCUCCUGGCUGUGGAUCUGGAAGACAGAGAUCUGUUCAUGGACCUCCAUUAUGUGGCCGGUGAUAAGGGCGAGCUGGUGCUAGCGGAUGUGGCCAGGAGGAAAGCUAAUGAAACGGAGGCCCGGGCCAUCGCAGGCAGCGAAGAUCCUCUGAGGAGCAGAAACAGUGGAUGUGAUUCCAGCUUCAGUGAGCGACGAGCAGAAAAGAUCCAGACAUUAACAGACCCUCCAGCCUCAGCACAUGCUGAUGGAGGAACCAAUCAGAGGAGACCACAGAUGGAGACCAUCCAUGUGACCAUCAGCCCAAAGUCCUCAGGACUCUGAGACAAACAGCAGGAAGCCGUGGAGCUGAACAGAGACGGAGAGAA